ACCUGUGAAACAAAUGAUACAUUAUCAUUAAUCAGAAGAGAAGAUUCCUACAAAUAAAAUUUCAAUUUUAAUCAAUCAGAUACUUAUUUGCUUGUUAUUCAUAAGACAAUCAUCAGCACUAAACAGGUCCUUAAAGCUGAAAUCUGGCUUGAUUUUUCCCCCUAGCAAGUACUCAAUUAUCCAUUGUAAUUUCACUAUAACAAUUCUAAAUCUAAUGACAUGUGCCUAUACAGAAGAAUAUAUUGUUUCAAAAGUAUAAUAUUGUAAAUAUGCCCUUUAUUCAUCAAUCUCCAAUAAAAUAAAUAUUCAUAAGUUACCUGUGACAAUUAGUUAUGCAGAUAGAUUUUGCUGUUAUUAAAGUUUCAUUAUUUAAAUAUAAUUAGGAAAGUGAUGUAAAACGAGCCUGGAUUCCCCAACUGUGAACUGCUGUAUUGAAAAUGUAAUUUCAAUAACUUUAGUUCACAUAAGAAUCCUGCCCCAAAAGUUAAUACUGAAAUGUUAAAGUUGCAAAUGGAGGAGGAAGUAGAUCUCAGUUUCAUAGAACAGACUUUGUACAGUACUCGUGUUAAUAAUCCAAUGCUAAUAUCUGUACGCCUGAUAUCUAUUUCCUCUGGACUGGUCUUACUUCAGGAGGAAGAAAUUAUGCUAUCCUAGAAGAACGGAGGUAUUAGCCGUCUGUCAUCCGGGCGGUUAUGGAAGGCAUCCCGGGCGUCGUGAAAACAAACAGGCGCUGCUGCGCUCAGCUUACAAAUCGACUCGGAGGGAGUUAUCUCUCCAGGCACUCAGGGUUAGGAAGGCUUCUCCACGCCCCUUUGUCCAUUGUCAGGGCCACCUCGGCAGUUUCCGCUCCCGCCUCGGCUCCUUUCGUCUGGUUACCCUCCGCCCUAUGGGAGACUGUCGGAAAGUUUCGGGAGCGCUGCUAAGUCUUCCGGGACCUGCUUCGGGGGUUCCGCGCCGCAACCAGGCAACUCACCUGGGGAAGCCGCAGCCUCCGCAGUCUUCUUACUAGGCAGCAUCAGAGGGUAAGCUCGAGCAUGCUCCGGCGCUUAACGGCGCUGGUUAGGGUGCUAUGAAUGCAAAUCUUCGUCGACGCCGGGAGUUGGAGAAAGGAAACUGCUCGGUGGGGGAGCUAUGUAGCCCGUGGAAAGGCGAGAAACACGCGUGUCCAGCAAAAUUAGAUUAAGACAGGGUACCUGCCUGACUCCGAGGCUUCCCAUCCUCCGUCCACAUUGGUUUGAGAGGAAAGCGGAGAGGUCCGGCAAGAACAGCUUGCAUAGGAACUUUUCGCGCGUGAGAAAGAAAAGAGUUGAGGGUUGCGUGGAGUCCUCCCCACCCCGCUCGGUGCCUCUUCUUGGUCGGCCAGCAAUUUUUGCCAGUCCGCUCGGUUAGUAAACCUCGGAAGGUCAGCAGCCACGUCGGGGCCCGUUGGGAGGGCGCAAAGGAAUCGGCAGCUUCCCUGAAACAUGGCCACCGGGGGCUAUCGGGGCAGCGGCGCCGCCACGACCGACUUCUUGGAGGAAUGGAAGGCUAAGCGGGAGAAGAUGCGGGCCAAACAAGCACCGCCGGCCGGGGUGAGUGACGGCAAAGUAGCCACCAAUAUUGCCACCAGCGGCGGUGGCGGCAGCACCGCCACCGCCGCCGAACUUAACAACAAUGGCAGCGGCGGCAUGAAUUGCGUUCCUCUGGCCAGAAACACUCCGAAGGAACCCCAGCCGACAGCCGGAACCAGAGCAGGAGGCGCGGAGCCCCCGGGGAGCAGAACCAGCGCGGCGCCAACUUCUCCCGAGGAGGAGAAAGUGGCUCCCAAGGGCAAAGGUUCCUCCGGCCCCAGCGCCCGGAAGGGAAAAGGGCAGAUCGAGAAAAGGAAGCUGAGGGAGAAAAGGCGCUCGACAGGUGUCGUGAACAUCCCGGCCACUGAGAGUUUGGAUGAAUAUGAUGAUGAUGAAGCAGGACAAAAAGAACGUAAAAGAGAAGAUGCAAUCACACAACAAAAUACAAUACAAAAUGAAUCCACUAUUUCAGAUCCAAAUGCUUCAUAUAUAUUACAGGACACAUCUAGAGCAAUUGGAAACAGAUACAAAAGCACAACACCAGAUGAUGAAGUUUCUAAUAGAUGUUCACGUACAGAUAGGACAGGAUAUAGCAGAUUCAACAGGGAUGCAAAUUCUUCUGGAAACUUUGUAUCAGCUAAUUCUUUGGAAAAGAAGAUUGAUGAUCUUGAAAAGGAUCUAGCAAAGGAGCGACAAGAAAACCUGAGACUUGUGAGGAUAGCCCAAGAUAAAGAAGAGUUGAUUGGAAAAUUAAAGGAAGAAAUUGAUUUAUUAAAUAGGGAUCUAGAUGAUAUAGAAGAUGAAAAUGAGCAAUUAAAGCAGGAAAAUAAGACACUGUUAAAAGUUGUUGGACAGCUGACAAAAUAGAAGAUGGAAGCUGACAAAAUAGAAGAUGGAAGCCUCAGUGAGGAAGGAAAUAUGAAACUACUGAUAUGAAUGUUUAAGGGUCAAGAUUAGGAUAUUUCCUUUGUGGCAAUAUGUCAAAACAAUUGUCUUUAUAUUUAUUAUUAAGGAGCAGGGAGAAAUGAUGAAUGUUUUACAUGAAGCUGUUACUUCUAAGCUCAUCCCCUUGAAUUUCCCAAAGUGAUUCAAAUGAUGCUCAUUGAGAUGCAUUAGGUGUUUAUAUAUAUUUGACCCAGUUAUACUUUUUAAAGAAUUCCUGAUUACAAAGGUCACAGUUAGUCAAUAUGGAGAUUACUUGUAGGGGAGGGGUUUUUUCCUGCUCUAUGAAUAGAAGAAAUAGGAAUAAAACCUGUUUAUACAGGGUCAAAAUACGUAUUUUGGGAGGUAUUUGUUCUUUCUUUGAACAGAUAUAAAGUGCAUUACUGAUAUAAAAAUUUUUACAGAGUGUUACUCUGCAAAAAUCUUGUAUGUUGUGAUUUUAUUUUAUACUUUAUCUGAAGUACUGACAGUAAUAGAUAGUAUUUUCCUGUAUAGAUGCUGUUUGACAAAAAUGUUUUAUAAAUCAUAAAUAAAUCACCAAUAAUUAUCAAAACUAAUAAGUAGUUUUUAGAAAAAUGUGUAUAUUGCAUACUGCCACACAGAGCUUAUGUUUCCACAGGAAGAAUUCAGAGGGUGCCAUUUUUUGAAAUUUAGUACUUCAAAUAUUACAAUCACAGUUUUUAUUGGACUAAGAACAGUCUUUCUGAUUUUAUAUAUUAAGUUACAGUUUUCUGAUCUAGAUACAAUGGGAAUCAUUGCCUAACAAUAGUUUAACAAAUCAUAUAACCUUUGCUUUGAGAAAUAUUAGUGUUCUUGGCCAAAUAACUAUAGACCAAAACUGUUCAUUUAAACCAUGCCUGUAUGAAUGGAUUUCAUCCAAAAUACAUGUAUAAGGUUAGCAUCAAAAUAAGUAUAAUGGAUUUGUUUUGCAACACCAUGAUCUACCAAGCUGUUAUAUGAUUCAUAGUGGUUUUUGUAUUGUGAUAAAGUUUUAAUUGAUAUAGUUUACAAAGGAAUUUUAUGAUUGUUCACCCCUCUAAAAGUAUUAUAGAAAAUAUCUAGAAUAACACCAAUGCUUUUUAAAUAAAGUAUGUUGCAUGUUCUAUUAUAGUCUAGUGUCAGUUGUCUAUGUCACUGUUGUGCAACAAUUGUCUGUUCUGUAUAUGUUAGAAAACUCCAAAGUUGCAUUUUAGAGAAUAAUUUUUAGCAAGGAAAUUUAAAUAUAACAUUUAAGCUUUCAAAAUACCUCCACUGCUUUGUCAGGCAAAUAGGAAAUAGAAAAAAAGUGGAGAAGGAAAAAUAGAAAAAAAUAAUCAGCUCUGAAAAACUCAAAAUCAUCAUUUCUGACUUUUCAGAUAGUCUUACCCUUGACUCUGGAUGUUUUUCUUUCGAGCAACACAGCUACCUUUCCUUUUGCUUGAAAAAAUAUAAUUGUGCUUCUAAUGAUCUAGCCUUUUCUGUUUUGAAGUCAGCUAUAUAGCCUUGAAAAAUACUUUGUCAACUGGACCUCAAAAGUAGCACUGGAAUUCAUAGGCAUCCUUAGUUGCUUCCUAAUGCCAAUGUUUAUGUAUGAAAAGUGUAUUAAUAUUGCAAAGGCAAUUUCUAUUGAACAAAGUUAAUGUAGUCAACUUUCCCCCCAUGACUCACUAUUUGAGAAUAUGCACUAAUUUGUCCAUACCUUUUUUUCUCUAAUGAUUGCAGUUAUAGAUGCAGCAUACCAAAAAUGCUCUUAGUAGAUCACAAUGCUUAGCAACUCUGUAACUACUCAUAAUAGAUUACAUUUUUGUAUUUUUAAAGGCUGUAUAGGUGAUUUAUGACUGUAAUUAGGGUUCAGAUCUUGCCUGUUGAGUGAAGCAGUCAUUAAGUGAGAUGCCACAUGACUGCUUUGUCAAUUACUGCAAUCCCAGUAUCUGCCAAUCCCGGUUGCAGUCAUUAAGCUACUUAUUAAGUGGAUGGAGCAAAAUCUUCCUGGCAGACAGCCCUUUUACUCUCAAAUGUUUCUGUACACUACCAAAGGAUUUCAGCUCCAUUCCAAGCAUUGAGAGGAAAUCCUUUUUGAGACUGCAGGAACAAAGCUGAAAUCUUCACAAUUUCACUAACAUAUCUGCAGUUUUAAAGCAUUGUGUGGUCCUUGACUAGCAACAGCAACUGGGACUGCUAGAAUUUCCAUCAAUAAGCAAUAUGGUCACAUGGUAUCAUACUAUGCAGCUGCGUCGUUUAAUGAUGAUAAUUCUGGUCCUCGUUGCUGUUGUAAUCUGAGAAUUAUCUGUAGCCCAAAUUAAGAUACUCACCAGGAAAAAAACUAGUAAAACAAAGGAGAAUGAGACAAAAUAAGUUCAAAUCCCAGUGUAAAAGUCUUUAAGUGUAUUAUUUUCAGAUGUUGGUAAAGAGAAUUGUAAGGAUAUAUGUCCCCAAAUAAAAUGUAUGUAUUGUUCAAAAAA